AUGUCGGAUAGGACGUAUCCGCUCUUCCCUGUCGUGGCUGCCCUUGGGUUCACCCUUGUGCUUAUUCCCCUGCCUUGGCAUCUCCGCUCGUGGAACUCCGGGAUAUCUUACUACAUCGCCUGGGUAGCCUUGGGCUGCCUCGUUCAGUUCAUUGACGCCAUCGUAUGGCACGAUAAUACGUUGAAUCUCGCUCCAGUGUGGUGCGAUAUCUCGACUAGGAUACUUGUUGCUGCGUCCUUCGGCAUACCCGCGGCAUCACUCUGCAUUCAGAGACGACUCUAUCGAAUUGCGUAUAUGAAGUUCUCCGCAGAUCAGGCCGCGCCGCGCCGGUCCGUGGUCAUAGACAGCAUCAUUUGUGUGCUAAUGCCUACGAUCUACUUGGGUUUCUACUACGUCGUAGAAGGACAUCGCUUCGACAUCUUCGAAGAUAUCGGUUGCUUACCCGUCUUCUACAACACGAUACCAACCAUUUUCUUGAUAUACAUAUGGCCCCUCGUCCUGGGUCUCAUAUCAGCAGUCUACUGCACGCUCUCCAUGAUCGCCGUCAUCCGACGGCUAAAUGAGCUUGACAAGCUCUUUGCCUCCACCCCGAAUAUGAAUACCAGUCGUUAUCUUCGCUAA